CUUAACGAAACAUAACAUUUAUUAAUACCCUUUGCACUUAGCAUUGACAUUUUAAAUUUUUUAGGUGCCGCCAGCUGUUUAUAUGUUUACGAUUACUAUCGACCACUGUAGUUGGUGCAUGUUAAGGAGACAUCAGUCAACAUUAUUAUGUCCAACAGAGUGUCUCCGCAGCCAGACAUAAACUUACUUAUUGACAAUCAGAAGGCGGGCAGCAUAGAGGAGUACACUCACCAAACCGACACUAGUUAUAGGGGUGCCCUAGAGAACGACAGAAAUCAAACACCAGUAAUCGAAAUGGAUCAAAGACCUUCGACGGCGAAAUCAAAUAGUGCAGACUUUGUCUUUGGAGCUGAGGACUCCCAGGACAAAACUGGACCAUGUGCUAUCAUCUUGAUUCUCAUCUCCUACAUCCUGGUCGGGCUCACGUUUCCUCUCUCACUCUGUGUCUGUAUAAAGGUUGUCCAGGAGUAUGAAAGAGCAGUCAUUUUCAGAUUAGGUCGUCUUUUGAGUGGAGGGGCGAAGGGGCCAGGAAUAUUUUUUGUUCUGCCAUGCAUUGAACAGUACACUAAGGUGGAUUUAAGAACAGUGUCUUUUGAUGUUCCACCACAGGAGGUGUUAACAAAAGACAGUGUCACCGUGUCUGUAGACGCUGUAGUAUACUACAGAAUACACAACCCGACGGUUUCCGUGGCGAAUGUCGAGAACGCCUCACACUCCACACAACUGCUGGCACAAACAACCUUGAGAAAUGUUCUUGGCACAAAGAAUUUGUCCGAAAUUCUUCAGGAACGAGAUAUCAUAAGUCACAGCAUGCAGACAAUUUUGGAUGAAGCCACAGAUAGAUGGGGAAUCAGAGUGGAGAGAGUAGAAAUUAAGGACGUGCGGCUGCCAGUUCAACUGCAGAGAGCAAUGGCAGCAGAAGCUGAAGCUGCCAGGGAAGCAAAGGCCAAGGUGAUUGCUGCGGAGGGAGAACAGAAGGCUUCGUUUGCACUGAAAGCAGCAGCAGAAGUGAUGUCAGACUCCCCCGCCGCCCUCCAGCUCCGGUACCUGCAGACGCUCAACUCCAUAUCAUCUGAGAAGAACUCCACCAUCAUCUUCCCCCUACCCAUAUCACUGUUGGAGCAUUUUAUCAGAAAGUAGAUGUCACAUCACUGGCUAAGUCAAGAUGUCCGACCACAGCAAUGAAAAAUCAUCAGACCAAAUUUUUCACUUCUUCUUAAAGAAAAUCCCAGCUAAAUGCACAUUUGAGCUACAGCCCUGACCAUGUAUUAUGGUUUUCUUGUACAGAUGUAUGUAACAAAUAUCUUUAAUUGAUAAAACAAAACAAAUGAGAUGUUCAGUCUAUAAAGAUGAACAUCCAGGAAAUAAAUGUGACAUAUUGUUGAGAAUCAGACUUUUCAGUUUACAACCCAUGUACAGUAAGGUCUACUUUCCGUUAACGUAAUUUGUAUGGCAUUCGGCCUUCUCAGAAAAAGUCUUUCAAUUAAUUAUUUUUCUGUGCACGAGUUUUAUCAACAUAGUGAUGUCAUAACAAUAUGUAUUUAUUAAUGGGUUAAAAAUACAUUUCGAUGAUUUGUAGUCGUCUGCUUGCACAUUUCUGUGUGUUAAUGGAAAGCAGACCUAAGUGGACACAUGUACUGUAUAACAUAUAUUUAUUUAAGAAGAUAUAUAUAGAAGUAUGGGCAGCUUCUCCAUAAAAAAAAACAUUGGGGUGUGUAAAUUUGAUGUCAUUGUGGAAGACAGGUUUUCUUACCAGGAAGAUAACAUCAUCAAACCAUAGUAUAUCUUUUUCAACCAGUCACCAUGUGUUAAAAAUACAUUAGACACAGUGUUACUCUAAAAUUAUAUCCAGUAACACAUUUCUGACUCGUAUAGACUUUAACUUGCUUUGCCUAUUGAUUACAUAUUAGUGGUUUUUUAAUUGCUCCUUUCAGAAUGAAUAAUGUGUUCUCAUAUUUGUUGUAUCUAUAAUGUACAUAUGGUAUAAUUAUUUUAAUAUUUUUGUGUUAAAUAUUAAUUAACUGCAUCAUAAAAUCAUUAGUCAAGAUUUUUUAUUGGAUUAUUUUUGAAAAUUUAAAAUGUUGCAGUUUAGAUAUUGUACAUUUCAUAGACAUACAUGUUGUGCUUUAAUCCAAGAUCUGAGCUUAUUACAUGUAGCAAUGAUUCUAUUCUUGGAGAAGAACGCAGCCUGUGCUUAUAAAACUAGUCUAGACUUAAAUGUUUACUGUUGUCACACACAUGCACAUUGUAUGUGUUGUCAUGGCAUUAAAGUCUCCAGACCUUAUUAGAGACUUGAGUCUAAACUUUACAAUUUUAUAAGUAUGAGGGCCAAGGUCCAUAUUUUUAAAGCUAUCUUUGCACCUAUGAUAUUGUAAAACCAUUAAAGGCUAUGACAUUCAAUGUCGGCUCCAGAAAAUCCAUUUAGGGGGGGCAGUGACAUGAGGUGGAAUGCCAAUGGAACUUUGGGGGAGGUUUGGAUGGGGAUUGUAAAAAAAAAUUUUUUUUUUAUAUAUAUAAUAAAAUU